UCCCCAUUCCCCUCACUCAUUCUCUCUCUCUCUCUCUCUCUCUCUCUCUCUCUCUAACAUUUUCAGCGAAUAAGCUCACUCACAGGCUUUGAUUUUCUAGCAACUUAAUAAAUGGAGAUGUUGUGGCUGUGGCGGAGGUCAUUGUUUGCCGUAAUUAUCGUUGCCGUUGGAAUCGCCGCCCGUCCUCACCGGAUUCUGCUCGAUACUGAUGUCGAUUCCGACGAUUUCUUCGCUAUGUUAUACCUCUUGAAGCUUAAUAAAUUUCAAUUCGAUUUGCAGGCAGUAACCAUCAACACAAACGAGUGGUCAGACGGUGGGCAUUCGGUAAAUCACAUAUACGAUAUCCUUUACAUGAUGGGUCGGGAUGACAUAGCAGUUGGCGUGGGAGGCGAGGGUGGUAUACUUGAAGAUGGUACGAUACAACCAAAUGUUGGUGGAUAUAUUCCUAUAAUUGACCAGGGACGUGGUACAGCUGGACCUUGUAGAUAUAGACAGACUAUUCCUGUGGGAGCUGGAGGAAGAUUGUAUAAAGAUACAAACUUUGGCUAUAGGAAAAGCUUUCUUCCUCAGGGAAGCAGGAGAUACUCACCUCUUAAACAACCUACCGCUCAGCAAGUACUAAUCGAGAAGAUAUCGUAUGGACCCAUUAGUCUAUUUGUAAUAGGAGCACAUACAAACAUCGCUAUUUUUCUUAUGACCAAUCCACAUUUAAAGAAAAAUAUAGAGCAUAUUUAUAUCAUGGGUGGUGGUGUGAGGUCAAAGAACCCAACUGGUGGCAAUCAUGGUAAUUUAUAUACAUGUUUCAAAAGCAAUCCUUAUGCUGAGUUCAACUUUUUUGGUGACCCUUUUGCUGCAUACCAGGUUAUUCAUUCUGGGAUUCCGGUUACACUUGUUCCACUAGAUGCAACAAACACAAUUCCCAUUACUCAAAACUUCUUUGAGGAAUUUGAGCGGAAUCAACAUACGUUUGAGGCACAAUAUGUUUUUAAGACGUUAAAGAUGGUGCGAGAUACUUGGUUUGACGAUAAAUUCUAUGAGAACUGUUUUAUGUGGGACUCAUUUAUGUCAGGUGUUUCCACUUCAAUUAUGCGUAACGUGCACAAAAGAAAUGGAGAAAAUGAAUUCGCUGAAAUGGAGUAUAUGAAUAUAACUGUGAUUACUUCCAAUAAACCUUAUGGAAUAUCUGAUGAUGGCUCAAAUAAUUUAUUCGAUGGCCGCAGUGUUCCAAAGUUCAACUUAACGGAAAAUGGAGUUCAUAGUGGUCAUGUUCAAACAGGCAUUCGAGAUCCAUUUUGCCUCCAAAAUAACGGGAUAGGGAGAUGUAAGGAUGGUUACACAGAGAAAGUCAGUGGGCCGGAUUCAGUGCGUGUACUGCUUGCAACAAGGGCAAAGCAAAACCGUGACAAGAAUAGCUCGCUGGACCGAGAAUUUUUUGUCAGUUUUCUCAACGUACUAAACCUACCACAAAAUAAAGGCAGAUUCAACUUUUCAUCUCAGUUUCCUUAUUACAAGGAAGUUGUAUACAAACCAGAUUUUGAAGGGAAAAAACUCGGGAAAACGGUUGUGUUUGACAUGGAUAUGAGUGCAGGAGAUUUUCUUGCUCUCUUUUAUCUUCUAAAAGUACCCGUGGAUACGAUAAAUCUUAAGGCAAUACUAGUAACUCCGACAGGAUGGGCAAAUGCAGCAACAAUAGAUGUAAUAUAUGAUUUGUUACAUAUGAUGGGUCGUGACGAUAUUAUUGUUGGUUUAGGGGAUUCAUUUGGUUUAAACCAGUCUGACCCGAAUAACCCAAGUGUUGGAGGCUGCAAAUACUUGAAGGCUAUCCCCCACGGGAGUGGCGGCCUAUUAGAUUCGGAUACUCUUUUUGGACUUGCACAUGAUCUGCCGAGAAGUCCAAGAAGGUAUACAGCCGAAAAUUCUGUUGAAUUUGGAGCUCCUAGGAAUACCGAUCAUCCUCAACUUAGACAACCACUAGCACUAGAAGUUUGGAAAUCAAUAGUGAAAUCAACUGAUGUUGGAUCUAAAAUUACUAUUUUAACUAACGGACCGUUGACAACUUUAGCAAAAAUAAUACUUGCAGAUGCAAAUGCCAGUUCCAUCAUUCAGGAUGUAUUUAUAGUAGGCGGACAUAUCGGUUACCAUAGACAUGACAAGGGAAAUGUCAUCAAUGUUCCUUUAAACAUAUAUGCUGAAAUGAACAUGUUUCUAGACCCUUUAGCUGCAAAAGUGGUGUUUGAUUCAAUGCUUGAUGUCACACUCAUCCCACUUAGCAUGCAACGAAAGGUUUGUGUGUUUCCGCAUUUUAUAAAAAAACUGGACUUCGAGAACAAGACACCCGAAGCUCGUUUCAGCCGACGAUUGCUGAAAAGGAUGUAUCAGUUGCAACAAAGGAACCAUAGAUAUCAACACAUGGAUACGUUCUUGGGGGAGAUACUCGGUGCAGUUAUCUUAACGACAGAUCGACAAGCUUUAAAUCCUACCUUUCAAGCGAAACCACUCAAGGUUGACGCAACAGGAGACACAUCUAAAGAUGGACAAAUUACCGUCGAUCCAGAACAAAGGAAAUCAAUCAAAAUAUUGCAUAAGUUCGCAUCGUAUUAUGAUGUUUUUGCAGACAGGCUUGCUGAUGACAAACAAUCUGCUGUCAUUGGAAGCUUCAAUGAGCAAAAAAGAAUUUGGAGCACACCGCAAAGUAGAACUUGAAAUAAAAUUUCGAGGGACUGGUAAACUUAUUGCACAUAGUUGUUCAGGAAUGAAGAGACCAAAGGUCUGCUCUUCUAACAUAAUAUUCUCAUAUCAUAACUGUAGCUGUCAAGAUUAUCAUUGAGAUUAACCGAAUUAACGCGAGCUCGUGUUAUCUGUACAAACAAGUAACUUAUGCUUACACAUUAUCAAAU